AUUUUUCAGUCACCUACUCCACUUGGCCCCUCCAUGUGUGGUAGUCCAACCAGGCAACUGAGAAGAGAAUCAGUCAAGCCGGGAACGGCGUUCACAAAGAUGCUGCUCUGACGGCUAAACAAGAACAUCCAUCGUUGAGAGAAAAAACGGACGACAAUAAUAACUCCCAUACAGUUAUGGAUAAUACUGAAUCGUGUCUACAUCUAAAUUCUUCUGUUCAGGUCUCCCACCUGAGCUCCACCCCCUCACAGCCCCUUAGCAUCAUGGUGGGCCCCCCUCACCCUCACCACCAUCACCACCCCUCCGUCAUCAGCACCACCAUCAACCCCGGGCGGCCCCGCACAUCCCUCAUAAGCACCCUGGGCUCGCCGUUCAAUGGGCUGGGCGGCUCGCCGUACUCCGUCAUCACGUCGUCCUCUCUGGGCUCGCCAGGUGUCUCCAUGCCCCACACGCCCAUGCCCCACACGCCCACCAUAGGCUUCAGCACGCUCUCCAGCCCACAGAUAAACUCUCUGAACAGUGUGAGCAGCAGUGAGGACAUCAAGCCUCCUCCAGGCCUGGCUGGACUGGGUCACAUGAACAGCUACGGCUGCAUGAGCCCAGGGUCCAUGUCCAAGCACAUCUGUGCCAUCUGUGGGGACCGAUCCUCAGGGAAACACUAUGCCGUGUACAGCUGUGAAGGCUGUAAAGGCUUCUUCAAGAGAACCAUCAGGAAGGACCUCACCUACACGUGUCGAGACAGCAAGGAGUGCCUGAUCGAUAAGCGCCAACGCAACCGCUGCCAAUAUUGUCGCUACCAGAAGUGUCUGGCCAUGGGCAUGAAGAGAGAAGCAGUGCAGGAGGAGCGUCAGCGGGGCCGGGACAAGAGUGAUAACGAGGUGGAGUCAACCAGUAGUUACAACGGGGACAUGCCGGUCGAGAAGAUAUUGGACGCGGAGUUGGCCAUCGAACCCAAGACUGAAGCUUACAUGGAAGCCAGCACAGGCAACUCUAAGAACGACCCGGUCACCAACAUCUGCCAGGCAGCAGACAAGCAGCUAUUCACCCUGGUGGAGUGGGCCAAAAGGAUCCCCCACUUCUCUGAGCUGCCCCUGGACGACCAGGUCAUCUUAUUACGAGCAGGCUGGAAUGAGCUGCUCAUCGCCUCGUUCUCCCACCGCUCUGUGACAGUGAAGGACGGGAUCCUCCUGGCCACGGGCCUCCACGUCCACCGCAGCAGCGCCCACAGCGCAGGAGUGGGCUCCAUCUUUGACAGAGUGCUGACGGAGCUGGUGUCUAAGAUGAAAGACAUGCAGAUGGACAAGACUGAGUUGGGCUGCCUCCGAGCCAUCGUCCUCUUCAACCCAGAUGCCAAGGGCCUGUCUAAUCCUACAGAGGUGGAAGCCCUGAGAGAGAAGGUGUACGCCUCGCUGGAGUCCUACACUAAACACAGAUACCCAGAGCAGCCUGGCAGAUUUGCCAAGCUGUUGCUGCGUCUGCCUGCACUGCGCUCCAUCGGCCUCAAGUGUCUGGAGCACCUCUUCUUCUUCAAGCUGAUAGGAGACACGCCCAUAGACACGUUCCUCAUGGAAAUGCUUGAAGCGCCGCACCAGAUCACAUGACACGAGUCGUACCCAUUGUAAAUACCCCCUGAACCCAAUUCUCAGAUCCCCUAGCUUUACCCCGGAGUACAACUGCUAUGAAAUCAAACUUGAGAGUUCUUAACUUGCAUAUUUUGUACCAACCACAAUUAAUAAUGUGAAAAUAAAACGUUUCUAUUGGUAUUUUAAGAAAAUGCAACACUGUAAAAGGUGAAUUCUAAAGAGGAUUUUUUUUGUAAAUAGAAGAGUAUUAAUUAUCAGAUCUAGCAACAACUGAAUACAACAUGAAGUCUUAUUUUAUUCAGUGAUGAAUAGUAUGAAAUACAAUGUCACUAGCAUAGAAUAUCUGUGGAAAUUUAAAAAAAGACGACUUUGAACGUGAUGCCCUGUCAAGUCAUUGUGCCUUGCCUUCAACGUUUAUUCUUAACCUCAAUUUGAUUUGAUUUGAAUUGCAGUUCGAAAAGAGAACACAACAAAAUAACUCACAUUCUAUACAUGUGUGGGAGAGAAGAAUCCCAGCAGAGUUUAUGAACAGAACCUCACCCUUCAAAUAAUCCAGAUGUCUGUUUUUUUAUGCGAUACACUUUUAAUAAAGUCAAUGGUAUGCGGUAACAUCA